AUGUCAUUCAUUCCCCGUCAUGGCUUCCCACCGCUCCCGUCGCUACCUAGGUCCUACUUCUUGGGCCACCACAAGGCCGGCCUACAGAAGAUGAAGUCGCUCCUCUCGUCCAUUGACCUCGUCAUCGAAUGCCGCGAUUAUCGUGUCCCGCUUACUUCGCGCAACCCUUUAUUUGAAACGGCGCUGGAAGGAAAGGAACGAGUGGUUGUAUAUACGAAGAGGGAUCUCGGCGGGGGUUCGAGGGAUAACAAGAAUGAAGAUGUGAUUCGCAUGUGGCAUCACCCUACGCCGACCAUGUUUGUGAGAAAUGGAAAGGAGGUUGAUGGCGAAGGUAGUGCGCGAAGUAGCAUUGUCAAGCUGCUCGAGGUGCUAAGGGCCCAGGCGCAGACGACAUGGAAGCUAGUAGGCCACCGCGUAAUGGUCGUUGGCAUGCCCAACGUAGGCAAAUCCACAUUGCUCAACGCCCUCCGCGCCCACGGCAUCGGAAAAGGCAAAGUCGCCGCGACUGGUGCACAACCGGGCGUCACGCGAAAAGUCGGCAGUGGCGUCAAGAUCAUUCCAAGUGAAGACGACAUGGAGGCAAUGGAUUCCAGCAUGCAGAAGAAGCUCAAGGGCGUGGGUGGUGGUGUGUAUCUGCUUGAUACGCCGGGAGUCUUCAUCCCGUAUGUACCAGACGCCGAGGCCAUGAUGAAACUAGCCCUCUGCGGCAGCGUAAAAGACACCAUCAUUGCGCCCGUCAUGCUGGCCGAUUACCUCCUCUACCAACUCAAUCUCCAGUCCCCCACUCUCUAUUCUGAAUAUGCCCCGGCCACCAACGAUAUCAUGGAACUCCUGAGCGAGAUUGCCAAGCAGACUGGCAGGCUUGGUAAAGGCGGGACAGUGGAUACGGAGGCUACGGCAUUGUGGAUGAUUCAGAAAUGGAGGACUGGGAACAUGGGGCGCUUCCUGCUUGACCAGGUUGAGGAGACUAGCCUGGAGAAGGCCAAGCUGGAUGAGGAGGGUGUGUCGCCGAGCUGGAACCAGGCGAGGAAGGCAGAGCGGGAAAGGAGGAGGGCGAGAAACAAGGCGAGAGGAGAAAAGUGAGCAAGAGGCCGACCUUAGCAUGUUGUGGGGAAAAGUGUAACAACAGGCUCAUCCCGUCGUUCGGUCAUGGAGGUCUGUCAAAGACCUACAGUCUUGGGCUCGGCGCACCAGCAGACGACGAAGCGUCGUCACAUCACAGUCGCCGGACAGCAAGAUGAGUGUCAGGAUGAUGGCCGGAACACCAAGAGACGAGAAGUACGAAGAAGAGCAAAGACCAAUCUCCGGACCUGGACCAUCGAGCACAUCGAAUAGAAAGCAAGGGUGUUUUGGAUCGUGCUGCUCUGGAGCGGUUGGGAAUUCAAUGGAUUCCUUAUAUUGCGGACC